UCAGGUGGGCUUAAACAUCGCUGUAAAAUCACGUUUAUAAGCGUUAAGUGUCACAUAACAACAACUAAUUUAAAACGGAAAAAAAGAGCCAACAGAGUUUCCAGAGGAAAAAGCCCAGGCUCUUUCAGUCAGUCAGAGCGCUCGCUGAUACAAUUGCACUACGAUGGAAAUUCAAUCAAGAGAUGGACCUGGAUGAGUAGCAGCCGCUCUCCUGUCUCUCCCCUGCUGGCCUGCUAAUCGAUCACUUCACCCAAAGAGGAACCUUGAACACGUCAGGAUGAGUGAGCGCUAGAAGGUGGAGUGAGGAGAUCCUCAACUUAAGUUCCACCAAAUGUCAUGGAGGAGUCGGAGGUCUGUUCCCUGCCUGGGGGACUUGCCAGUGUGAGGAGGCAAUUUGAGACCCAGGAAACUGCAACUUCACACAAUGUAACCCAGUUCCACUUUCAUCACAGAACCGUGCAGGAAAUGUCAAACUCUGAGGUGACGGUGUCAGGUGGCAGCAGGCAGGUCCUCCCAGGCAGUCAGCAGCUCAAUGUCAACCAAGAGACCAUGAUGUCAUACAGCAGCAAUAACUUGGAAUCUGGUCAUGAAAACCAUCAGAAUGAAACUGAGGAGGAGUUUCCAAGGUACACCACAAAAGAACUAAGGGAUCACUUUGAAAGAACAAUAGAAGAGGCUGCUGCACAAAAACCAAUCAAGAUCGAGCGUGACAUCAAUCGAUCUAAGUGGUCCUCAAAUGUGACACAAAGCAACACAGUGGCUAGCGAAGUGUAUGAAGCAUCUGCUACUGAGGCAACAGGCAAUACAUCGGCUGCAGUGAUGGAUUAUGAGGACUUUCCGCCCCCGCCGGCUGAGGAUUCUGACUAUCUUCCACCCCCACCUCCAGACUUACUACAAAUGCCAUCCGAGAGUCAAAAUAUGCCAGUGUGCCAUUACUCACCUGAGCCUCCAGAACCGGCAAACCCCAUCAAAUGCCCUCUCAGCAGAGAAGCUUACUUCAAGCAGAGAGGCAUGUCUGAGCUUAAACGCCUCUAUAAGCACAUUCAUCCUGAAGUCAGAAAGAAUAUCGAGAAGGAGUUCUAUUCUGAUUACAAUGAAACUGAGAACAACCACGUCGAGGGCCAGGAGUACUUGUACGAGGAAGAAGGUGGUAGUCCAGAUGAAAUCAACGAUGAGGAGUACGGGGAAUGGGAGGAAAUUCUACCAGGUGACGUCCAGACCAUGCGUUGGAUGUUUGAAAAUAAGCCACUGGAUGCCAUCAAAGAUGAAGGUCUGGAUGAGGAUGAUGAAGACAACAAAAUAGCCCAACAGGAGAUGAUUCUUGGAAAAGAUGUGAGGCGUACAGCUUGGAUGUUUGAAACAAAACCGAUGGAUGAGCUGGGUUCAAACAACAUCAACUCGACUGAAUAUAAAAACAAAUUCAACAAAUUUGAUAAAGGUGACGUACGUGCCGCAGCGUGGCUGUUUGAAACCCAAACGAUGGACAGUUUAAAUAAAAUGCACAAGCAGGAGGAUUUAACAAAGGAGAUUGUGUUCACAGAGGAGGAUGGAAAUGCCACCAUUUACAUGAUCGACAAUAAGUACAUGCAAAGCCUUGGACAUACUGAGACCAUCGAUGAGAGCCACCUGUUGAGUCUAAGGUCAGUGUUGGAGGAAAUCAAUGGAGAUGUGAAAACUGUUACAAGCACUUUUGACACUCAGUUUAAAUGCAUCAUCAUGGGACAGUCCAGCCAGAUGCUGGAGGUUAAGUCAGUGCGGAAAAUAGAAACUGAAUUAGAGAACUCCAUCGCUUCACGCUGGCUUUUUGAUACCCAGCCUCUGGACAUGACAAACAGAGAACCUGCAGCUUUGAAACUUGUGUGCAGUCUUUCCAUGGAGGAUAGCAACAAGGGAGACUGGGGCAGGUGGUUGUUUGAGAUAAAGACGUUAAAUUCUCUGAAUGAGUGGGAAAGCUCAACAAUGGAAAACAAAGAGAUCAUCGGAGCAGACGUGCGCAAACACUGCUUAGUUUUCGAAACCCAGCCAAUGGACUCUUUGAAGGAUGACUCUAAUGCUAAACCCAAUUCAAUCGAAGAGAUUAUUGGGGGCAAUGUUAGAUCUGCUAGGCAUUUUUUUGAAAGCAGCCCUCAAGCUGUGAGAAAGACGGGGCCUGAGGUGGGAAAACUUCAAAAGAAAGUGAUAAAUGAAGAAAUGAAAGGGGAUGUGAGACACCAAAAGUGGCGCUUUGAGAGCCAAGCUCUAGAGCAUAUAAGAGAAGACAAGAAAGAGGUUACACGCACUGUGAAUAUUGAAAACGACCUCACGCAGGAAGAUGGCACGAGCUGCAAGGCAGAUGUUCGCAAGAACUGCUGGGUAUUUGAAACCCAGCCAAUGGACACUUUAAAAGAUGCUUCAAAUGCACAACCCCUGACAAAAGAAGAAAUUAUCGCAGGCAACGUGAGAUCAGCCCGGCAUUAUUUUGAAACUGUUCCAUCUGAUGAAGUGAAGGAGCUUGCAGAGGUGGGCAAACUGAAGAAAGUAGUCGCACUUGAUGAGGAAAGGGGCGAUGUGAGACAUCAGAAAUGGAGAUUUGAAAGCCAACCCCUUGAGCAAAUUAGAGAGGAAAAGAAGAAAGUCAUUAGGACGAUAGAUCGGGAAGAAAUUGAUAAAGUGGAUGUCUCAAACUACACGCAAUUCUUUGAAAGCACAGAUUGUAACUGGAGGGAUGAAUCUCAAAAGAUUGUAAUUGAGGGUGUUACAUCAGGCUCUGUGAAAUCAAAUAAAAACCUCUUUGAGUCAACUCCUUUGUAUGCCAUGCAAGACAGCUCAGGGCACUUCCAUGAGGUGAAAACAGUGCGCCGGGAAGAGAUUGUGAAAGGUGACGUCACAACGUGUAAGUGGAUGUUUGAAACACGACCGAUUGACCAGUUUGAAGAAACCAUCGAUAAAUACCAGAUUAUCAAAGGUAUAUCCAAGCAAGAAGUGGAGUCUGGGGAUGUUAAAACUGCAAAGUGGUUGUUUGAGACACAGCCUCUUGAUGCUAUCAAGUAUUUCAGCAAUAUUGAAGAUGAAGAAGUUAUAGGGAAAAGUUCAAAUCAAGACGUAAUGAAGGGUGACGUUAAAACUUGCAAGUGGCUGUUUGAGACAAAACCAAUGGACAUCCUGUACGAAAGAGUGGAGUUAAAGGCUGAAAAUGAGUCUGAGGAAGUACAAAGAGGAGACGUGAAAACUUGCACAUGGCUUUUUGAGACACAAGCACUUGAUACUAUCCAUGAUGAGACAGAGACCGUUCUGAAAGCAAGCACUGUGAAUCAGGAGGACAUCAGAGGAAAAGACGUAAGAAUGGCUUGUUUCCUCUUUGAAACCGAGAAACUGGAGAAUCUCACCGGGGAGGAGACAGACUCUUUCAAACGUGUCACCGAGAUAGACAUUGCGUCUGGAGAUGUGUCAAAGAUGAAGUACAUUUUUGAGAAUCAAACAUCUGAUAUGAUGACUUCCACAUCCGAGGAGGUUAGGCGAAAGCUCAAGCAAGUUCAGGCUGCAGACAUACAAAAGGGGAACGUGGUGAACUGCAAAUGGCUCUUUGAAAACCAGUCCAUAGAUACAAUUCAUGAUAGCGAAGAGGAAUCAAUGACCAGGCAGAAAAUAAUUGAUGUGCAAGGAGGAGAUGUUGGCAAGGGCCGUUUCAUUUUUGAGACCUACACUUUGGAUGAGAUUCAGGAGGCAUCCUCUGAGAGUAACUCAGAGCUGUCAAAAAGGCAAAAGAUUGUCAGAGAUGAAGAUGAAAAGGGCGAUGUGAGAAACUACACUAUGAUGUUUGAAAAUCAGCCCCUGUAUGCCAUUCAGGACAAAGAGGGUCUCUAUCACGAGGUCACCACCGUCACCAGUGAAGAAGUUACAAGAGGGGAUGUCGUCGGGACUCGAUGGUUGUUUGAAACAAAGCCCCUCGAUGCUAUCAAGGACACAGAUGAAGUUUAUAUCAUUAAAUCUGUCACACAGCAGGAUGUGCAGAAAGGAGAUGUCACCUCUGCCAAGUGGAGAUUUGAGACACAGCCUCUCGAUAGGAUCGCUGAGGAAAAGAAGGCUCUGAUAAAGACUGUGGAUGAUAUACAAGGAGGAAAUGUCCGGAUGAACAAGAGCCGUUUUGAGUCCGAUGCUCUGUCUCAAGAAUCUGUAAGAACUGUUAAUGUGAGUGAAAUACAAAAAGGGGACGUCAGGACUGCUAAGUGGAGGUUUGAAACCCAGUCAAUUGACAAGAUAAGAAGCAUGAGCUCUGAGAAUCUCAUUGAAACAGUUAAAAAGGAGGAGGUUGCAAAGGGAGAUGUGAAAAAUUCAGUGUGGCUCUUUGAGAAAAAUCCUCUUGACCAUAUUAAAGAGGUAGAUGAGCAUGAAAGUCAUUCAGCCAUCACUCAGGAGGAGAUCUGUAACGCAGAUGUAAAGACAACGACUUGGCUCUUUGAAACAACGCCAUUCGACAACUUUAAUGAGACAAGGACGGAGAAGACGGAAAUCCUGGGCAAGAGCGUCAAGGGAACUCUUGAGGAACUUUACAGUCAGAAAAUGGUCAAGUCAAAGGGAAUUCUCAUUGAAGCUGAUGAAAUCGGAGACAUUAGGAUGGCAAAGUACCAGCUAAUGAAUAAGCAGGCUCCAGAGAUUCAGCGGGAGGAAGUCAUCAGGGGAGAUAUGCAGACUAUUAUGAUGAAUCUUCUUAACAGGCAGGAAACAAAAGAGCGGCAGAUUGUCAUAGAUUCAGAAGAGAAGGGUAAUAUCAGCUCAACAGUGCAGCAACUUUUCAACCAAGAGAGAGCCAGCAGUGUCGAGAGGGAGGAAAUAAUACGUGGAGACAUCCGGGAAGCCAUAAACAACCUUUUCAACGAAGGCGGAUUGGCAAAACAUGGAAUACUCAUCCAGGAAGACGAGAAAGGGGACGUACAGAUGACUAUAUACUCCCUCCUCAAUCAACAAGAAAAUGUUGGUGUAGAAAAGGAGGACAUCAUAAGAGGGGAUAUAAAGAGCGCUCUUCAAAAGUUGGCCAGUGCAGACAAGGCAGAUCAGGCAGUGAAGAUAAAGGUGGAUGACACUGAAAGAGGAAAUGUUAACUUUUACUCAACAUGCAUUGAAUCUGGAGCUCUAGAUUACCUGAAACAGCUCCAUUUAGGACCAGAUGAGACUCAAUCUGACACAGCAGAAAAGGAGAAGAUCCUUGGGGGCGACAUCAAGGGCACAAAACUCAUCCUUGGCCAAAAUCGAACACAAAUUGAGCGUACAGUUGAGGAUGUCAUACCUGGUGAUGUGCACAACACGGUGAAAGUCUUCAUGUCAGAGCCGACCAUCUCAUUUGAAGGACUCCAGAAGGAGGAGAUCAUCAAAGGCGAUCUGAAAGCAGCUUUAAAUUUAUUGUCUGUCUCAGCAAAUCAGACCGUUGUUGUGGAGAAAGAGGAAGUGGUGAAAGGUAACAUACCCAAAGCCUUGCGGUGCCUGGAGAGGGCUCAGAGGCGAUACAAGGAGGUGGAGAAGCCGGAUAUUAUACCAGGCAAUAUCAAAGGGGCUCUGAGGUCUCUUGAGAAAUCAACAACAUCCAGAGUUGAAGCUGCUGUUGAUGAUUUAGUUCCUGGAGAUGUUAAGGCCACUCUAAAAUCCCUGGAGCAGGCAAAGCGAGCGGUAAAGGAAGUCGAAAAGGAAGAAAUUGUGAGGGGGGAUAUUCGUAUAGCAAUGCAAAGUCUACAAGAUGCCUCCAGUGAAAAGAAAGUGAGUCAACAGGAAGUAGACGUUCAAGGAGACGUCCGAGGAACCAUUCAGCUCUUCAUGGAGCCUCCCCCUUCACCGAGGAUGCAAAGGAGCCCGAGCCUUGAAGGUGAUGUAAAGGGCGAUGUAAGGAUGUCAAUAAAGUCAUUAUAUGAGGCACAGGAACAAACUCAGCUGGAGAGGGAAGAGGUGAUAAAGGGUGAUGUUAAAGGCACAAUUAAAUCAUUGCUGGAAACAGCACAGCGUGAAACUCCUAAAGUCAGACUUGGAGCAUACAGAAGAGUCAGAGUCAAGCAGGGCCCUCCAGUUAGAAACCUAAAGGUUGAUGCACAAAGGACCAUACAGAAGAUUAAAACCGCUAAAGUGGAUGAAACCUCAAACGAAAACCACUCCAUCUCCAAUGAAAGUGAAACGGUUACAACAAAGUCAAGCUCUGAGGAGCAGUCUACUCAUAAAACGACAACUGUGGUGGAGCACAGAACGAUCACCCAGAACCACGGCAUCAAGACGUUAAAAACAGAGUUUCGUAAUCUAAAGUCGAAUCCAAAGGGGAUGAUAAGAGUCGAUAAAACCAAAGUAAAAACAGAUGUUGUAGUGCUAAGACCAAAAUCAUCGGAGCCUGAUCUCCCUCUACCACCGCCACCUCCACCGGUGGUAGACACUGACCUCCCCCCUCCUCCUCCUCCCCCUCCUGCCUCUGUUGUUUCUGACAUUGAUCACCUUCCUCCUCCACCACCUCCUCUCACCAGUGAACAGGACUUCCUCCCUCCUCCUCCAUCUCAACAGGAACUGGAAAGUAUGCCAGCUCACACUUCACCUUCCAAAUCCAAAAAGAUGGUGGUUAAAAAAGUGAAAGCCCCCGCUGUGCAUCCGGUACCGAAGCUAGAGCCCAAAGUGGAGUCGGGUAAAUCUAAAGAGGUGGAGGUUAAAACUGAGAAAGUGGUGGAAAUCAGUCAAAACCAAACAAAAACUUCAAAAACAGUUUCACACGAGAUCCCUCCCCCUCCUGCAUCACCACAACCAUUAAAGAAAGUCUACGUCGCUCCUGUGAGAUUCACCCCUCCACCCUCUCCUCCACCUUUCAUGAGAGCGCAAAUGAGUAAAUUUAACACACCGUUAAUAAAAGCAGAAGAAAAGUACCGGAAACUAAAGGAAGAAAACACACCUCCAACCACUCCAGCGCCUACUUUCAUCCAUGACUCAGUUACAGCUGCUCUGGAAAUGCUUUCCAACAAAGAUGCCGAGCAGUUAAAUAAGAACACAUCACAAAUCAAACUGCAGAGAGCUGAAAAUGAAUCAAUGAGGGUUCAUACGGAUUCAAAAUCUGAGGAGGCUGUGGUCUUAAAUACCACUCAAAGCAACGUCAGCGCCACUCAUGAAAAAAUCCUGUCAGGUUCAACAGUUACGUCGUCUGCUAAGCAGCAAUUUGUCUCUAAUGAGACUUCUAAGGUCGUCUCUGUUCAGAAGACCUCAUCUGUCUCAUCUGUUAGACAGCAGACACAUACAACCUCACAGAAAACAGUCUCUGUUUCCUCUUCACAGUCUGUCAAGGCUGACAAAGUCCAGGCCUCAAUUACUGAUGUUGCAACAAAAGAAAGUAAGAUAAGUCCUAAAACUCAGAAACCAAAGGAAUCUGAAAACAAGAAUGAAGAGAGAGGCCGUGCUAUUGAAGCCCCUGCUAAAGUUGUAAAACCUGAACCUGCUGUUACUUCUGAGAAUACUAAAAUAAUCAAAUCACAGUAUGACAAGAUGACAAAAGACACUUCCACACCAGAAUCGCCCACUAAUCUUCCCACUCAGACUUUAAAGAGUGAAAAUGGUGAGUCCAAAUCACCGCAGCGAGAUAACAAAAAAAUGGAUCAUGCUCCUACCAAGAACAAAGAGAAAACUUCAGAUCAACAACCACAAACUGAAAAGGCAGCUGCCAAUACGAAUGGAAAAAAUGGCAAAGCAAAUCGAAAGGCUAAAAAGAACAAUAAGCAGGAAAAGCAAGCUGAGGCGCUACCAUCAAACGAGACUGAGAAGAGCAUUUCACAAGAAGUCAAGGUGGAAGCCACUGAGGUGAAAGUGAUCAGCGAACCCAAAGAAGUAAAGACAGAGGGAAAGCAGGAAAUUGAAAAAGCUACACCCUCUCCUGUUGUUGACAUGAGCACACCUGAAACCCAACCAGAGUUACCAACUGUGCCAAAGAGGAAAAAGAAGUCCAAAAAGUCAAGGCAGCAGCAUGUAGAAGUCAUAGAAACCAAGACAUCCUUGUCUGAACUCGCCCACCAAACUCAGGUGACAAUCGCGGCCUCUCAAAGUGUAAAAGAAGAGCACAUUCAAGUCAUUACCAAAGAAGAGCAACAACAAAUAGCAGUUCAGAAGAACGGGAAGGGAUCUCAAAAGAAGAAAGGAGUGACGGUUAUUCAACAGAGCACUGAGGAAAGUAGGGAUGUCCCAAUUGUGGUGACGUGCAAGUCAAUUUCAAAGGCAACAGAAGUGUCUCCGAGGCAAGACAAGCAAGUUGCAAUCACAGAAGUUUCUGAAAAGAGCCACUCUGAAAGUCACCUCAGUACAGAUCGUCUCAUGAGUCAGGGAGGAGAUAGUGAGACACUGGAGAAGCAUGAAUGUGAGCCAGUUUGUGAGAAAUCUGUUUCUAGUGGUGCCACACCAAGAAUUUCCAAAAUCAGUAUCGGUUCUGCCAAAGUUGAAAACCAGAUGAAGAAAAUCACCUCCCAGGAGAGAAGGAAAGAGGAAGUGAGUCAAUGUAGGUCUGUUGACCUUCGUGCUCCCUCGCCAUCGCUGAGGAUGCGAUCUCCCUCACCAACGUUUAUCACCAUUGAAUCCACACGAAGAACCGACUCCCCCCAGAGAGUCACUCCGUCACCCACCCUGCUGCACCGACCAUCAACGCCCCCCACUCCACCGCCACGCAGGUGUGAAACCCCCACGAUGCGCCUCACUAGGAUCACACCUUCUCCGACUUUUGACCGGGCUGAAAACUUGCCUCGACUUAAAGACACAACAGCAAAGCUCUCACGUGGUGUAACCCCACCCCCCAUACUCCCCCAACAAAUCUCAGAGAAGAAAUCCGAGAUCGUGGAGUCUCCUCCAUCAUUCCAUCGACAAAUUAAGAUUGAUUCCCAACUUUUUGAAACAACAGAGAAAUCCAAAAAGAGUUUAUCUGGUGAGGCUCGAGGGACUGAUGAACAUUUGGAACACUUUGCAGGAAACCAAGCCAUCGUUUCAGAAGGUUUGAAUGCAAAUGAAAUGCAAAGUAAGUCUGAGUCCCAUAUGCUGCUGUGUCAAAAUGACCCAGAUCUUGGUGGAGAUUCAGAUGAUUCAGAGCCAUCUACUGCAUCUUUCAAAGAAAAGAGAGAGUUUUUUGAAGAGGCUCAAAGAGCUGAAAUUAAUAAGACCUAUAUGCGAAAGGAACCCAUUGCUAUCCCUGAACGAUUGGGCCCUGACACAGAGGAGGAGUGUGAGCAGGAAAUUAAGAGCAGAGAAAAGGAAGAGCUUCCCAGGGCAGACUUGUCUAGUCUUGUAAACAAAUUUGAAUCACCUGAAGAGAAAGUGCAUAUCAGAAAAGAGCUUAUCCCACUUGCAGAGCUGCUUCACACUGGUGCCGAAAGCACUGAGGAGAAAACAGACAUCCUGCAACAGGAAAUGCCAACUUUUGACAUCCAUGCUAUUAAAAAUGUUUUUGAACUGGUUGAGCAAAGUUCCACACUGCGAGAGGAGAGAAAGGAUCAGGAGGAGUCUGUGUCAAGCCCGAAUGAAACAACAGCAGACACUUCAAAGCAGGAAAGUCCUCAGGAGACAAAGGGAGGCUCACGGCAAAGCACCCCCCUCCCUCAGCUGAAAAAUGAGCUGGAAACGAUGCCAGCAGAGCCAGCAGGCUUCUCUGAAACCAAAUCAAUCACAGAACAUUUCUCAAAUGUUGAUGAGUUUGGUAAUAAGGUCACUGGAACAAGGACGGCUGUCACAGAGCACUCAGAGAGCGUGACAACCGAGCACACUCCUUUUUCCUAUGCUGAUGCAGUUAAAAGAAAAGCUGCUGCAGUGAGGCGAACAGCAACCUACGAUGAAGACGCCACUGAGAAGCUGCUGAGAAACUUCCACAAAACCUGGACUGAGAGUGAGACCGUUUUCAAGAGUCUGGGCUACACCGUUUCUGAGGAGACAACGUCGCAAGUUAUGUCCCAGCAGACAGAGAUGGUCUCAUCUGGUUCGAGUUCCGAAGUCGGAGCUGUGCACAGUAUGCCGGAGGAGAGCUUAUCCGAUGGAUGCUGUGAUAGUGGACAAAAAAAAAUACCAUAAAUCCUGCUUCUACUGUGAGCACUGCAGAAAUAAAUUAAGCCUAGGAAAUUAUGUCUCUCUUCAUGGACAUUUCUACUGCCUGCCCCAUUA